AAGCACAACGUCUGGGCUUGGCACCACAUCCCAACUGGACCGCGGUGGAGCUGCGCAGCGCCAUUACGGAAGUGACGGCCGAGACCAAGACCACCUCGCUCCCGAAGGGCCUGAGUUCAAUGCGACUACAGGAACUAAAGGACGAGGCGAUGAAGGUGGGUUUGCCUAUCCCCGAGAAAGCGACCAGGGGAACCUUGAUGCGGAACAUCAGGGACUACCACGCCACGCCAAGCACGACGGUGAUGACGAUCGGGAAGCACAAGGGCAACACCUACGAGCAGGUCCCGAGAACCUACGGGCUAUGGGCAGAUGCGGAGGAGAAGGUGAACGGAGCGAACAUGCACCCCGACUUACGUCGCUACGUGAUGUGGUUCCGGCGCCAAACCAACUCCGACCUCCCCGAGCAAGUGACGACCCUGGACAAGAUGAACAACCCCGAGAAGUACGCGGUCGUCAGCCUUCUGGAAGGGAGCAUGAAAUCGGACACCGACCAGUCUUGGGACGAGGUCCGAUCCAUGGCGGCUGUGAGCAAGAAGGGCUACGACCACGAGCAACUUCCUCUUCGACCUCCAACAAGCUCGAGCUCGAGCUCCUCGAAGCCGACCAAGCGACCGGCGGCCAAGGACAAGGGCACCGCCCGGAUGGGAAUAGAGCCAGAUCCCAAGGUGCUCGACGAGAUUCGAGCGCUGGAAACACGCCUCGCCACAAAGGAGGACGCGCUUGGAGCAGAACACCCGAAGAAUCAGGACGCUACAGAGAAUCCCCUUGGCGACUUCAUGCUCUACAACAACCAGGAAGCAAAGGAUGACGUGACCAACGAACCUGAAUCUGAAGACGAGUACAUGGUCAUGUUGACAGAUCACGUCGAAGGAAUCAUCAAGGACCGGCUCUUGGCAAAGGAUUUCUCUGUGGAGGCCCUGACGACCAUCCUGGAGAACGUCUUCGGUGAGUCUGGAGAGUAUCUACCCAAGCGAGGAGCGAUGCCGAGGAGAACCACGUUUGGCGAGGAGGACAAGGGAACCCGUCGUAUUUCGCUGGGCUACUACAGCCAUGGAGGACUGCGGGGCAUCUGCAACAAGUCAGCAGAGUACGCCUCUUUCAGCGUCUACAUGAAGCACUACAUCCUGCACUACCACCCGGAGGCUAGAUGGACGUCGAUGGCAGUGUCUCUGAACAACGAAGCGAAGAUCCACGGCGACUACCACAACCUACGGGGCACCCUCAACUACCUCACCUGUGCCGGAGGCUUCUCCUCUGGUGGCGGACUGUGGCGUGAAGUCGGGAAGGGUGAGAACGUUCCCAAGGACCAGGAGAUCGUUGAGCGAUACACCGAUGGUGGGGAGAUCCUACGGGGCAUUGUCUUGCCCGCCAAGGGAGAAGUUGCCAAGUUCCCGGGCGAGUUUCGUCAUGCAACAGAGCCCUGGGAAGGAGGCAGCAGGUGGUCUGUCACGUGUUUUACUACGAGGAGUUUUGCGGAGAGCACCAAGAACGAGAAGCGACGUCUACGACAAUGUGGAUACCCGGUGCCAGACCUACGGCACCUCACCCCGGACAGGAAGUUCAUCCAGAUGCGGAAUGACACAGAGCGCGACAAGCCCUGUCGGAGAGUGCUUCCCCGUUACAGCACGAGAAAGUCGCUGUGGAAAGCGGCAGUUCGAGCCAGUGUCUUUCUGACGUGGUCACUGGCCUCUUUGUCUUCGGCCCAGGCUCUGAUGACGACUGCCCACGAGAAGGGCGUGACGAUCCUCGAAAUUGGGGACUUCCAACAGUCCCUGGCUGUCACUGAGGCAAUCAGCGCCGACAUCGCCGAGCCCAUUUCCUGGGCCGAGCUCAAGGAUAACAACGGCAAACAGCGGGUGCUGAGCAUCAUCUCUGACUUCCUUCCGAAUGUUGUUUGGAUCAACCCACCGAAGGACCCGGCGAUCAACGACGGUGACAACCACGAUCGGGGUGUCAACGAUGUCUGCACCGCGGUGGAUUGGUGUGCCCCCGAACAACUUGCUCGUAAAGGAAGCCUGGUGGUGGAGAUGACCUAUCUCUCCGAGCAGGACAGUGGAACAAUACGUACAAAGUUGAAUGAGUACGGAGAAGUCACGGAGCACUUCUUCGGGGACACCAAGUUCUACAAGGCCCGGCUGCGCGAGAACCACCAGGCCCACGUCACGGAAGGCGAAGACGAUAUUCACGACAAGGAGAUCGACGAUGGCCACCUCAUUCCGCAGACCGCCGACGACGCCCAGCGCCGCCGCGAGAGCAUCCGGUCUUCGGCCAAGGCAGCGUUCCUACGUGUGCGGGCCGAGGACAAGAUCCGGAGGGGAACGCUUCAGAGAGCUCGGGUCCGACCCCGUGAUCUACCGAAUGGAGAAAUGGCUUUGUUUUGGCGAAAGGACAAGAACAACAAGAAGGGCGCUUGGAGAGGGCCUGGUGUGGUCAUUGGGCGCCAGCACGAGAACUACUGGAUAGCACGCGGAGGGAGAUGUUUCCUUUGUGCCCCGGAACAUGUCCGACAGGCUUCACCGGAGGAGCUGGGCGGGCUGUUCGCCCUACGUGCCACCCGCGAAGAUCUACAACGCCUCAUCGAGCGCGACCACGAUGACGAGGACAUCUUCGAGGAGGGAGACGCUGACGAGGCGGACAUCGAGAUGCCCACCGAGAUCGCCGACGAGAACGAGCUGCAGGCCAUCAUCGACGACCUCUCCAUGGAUGAAGGUCACCAGAUGGAGGGCGACGCCGGGCUGCUGAAGGACGCCAAGACGGAGACCCAGAGCCUCGACCUGUACGCCGGCGUCUUCGUGAAAAGGGGCCGGAGACUUAUACCGCUCGACAAACACGAGCUCUUCAAGGCCGCGGAGGAGAGCGAGGAGGUGCGCAAGAACGAACCGGACCGCAUCAUCGGAUCACGGUUCGCGACAGCCGUGAUGUGCAUUCUCCAAAUCACGGCAUCUCGCCUGGACCAGCAGUGGACGUUGGCUGCUGGUGACGUCACCGCUGCUUUCCUGAACGGAGAUGCAAUGGAACGCCGGUUGUUCCUGCAACAACCGAAACAUGGGCUGCCGGGACUCCAUCCGUCCCAGCUCAUCGCAAUACGGAAGGGAGUAUUUGGGCUGGUGGACAGCCCCAGGAAAUGGUGGCGAAGGUUCCGACAGGACAUCCAGCGCCGGGAGAUCAAGCUCGAGAACCAGAAGGUCGCCAAGUUCGUGAACUCUCCCCUCGACCCGUGCGUCUUCCAGCUCAUGGAACUGGACUCGGCCGGAAACGUGAAGGAGGACUCCUACCCCCUGUGUUACGCCGCCGUCCAUGUCGACGACAUCCUCCUGGCUGGCCCGCGGUCCUUGAACCGCCUGGUCCAGGAACAGCUCUCCCACUGUUUUCCAGUGGAAGAGUGGGAGACGGACUCCUUCGACUUCAUCGGCUCUCACAUUGAGGUGCUCAAGGACGAGAUCCGGAUCUCCCAAGGAGCUUACGUGUCCAGCCGCCUUUUUCAAGUCGAGGUCGAUACAAAGGAAGAUGGACUUGCGAUGGCGUCAGCUGAACAGCUGGCAGACAACCGAUCCUUGAUCGGAGCUCUUUCGUGGCUGGCUUCGCAGACGAGGCCAGAUCUGGCCUGCGGG